AGUGUAAUUAAGCUUGUUUAAAAUGUUUUGGAAAUUUAUCAACUUAAUGCACUUUAUGUAGAGAUGGAUUUUAUUUAAAUAAUACAUCAUGCUUAAAUUGUCAUUCAAGAUGUUUAAAAUGUACCGGAGCUUCUUUUAAUUAAUGUUAGCUAUGUUCCACUGGAUUUUAUUUAAAAUACGGCUUUUAAUGUACCAAUGAUUGUGGUUUAAAAUAUUUUGCUAAUGGAAAUAACGGCUAAUGUUAAUAAUGUGAAUCAUCUUUAAAUUGUGCUGAAUGUGAAAACGGAUAAGCCUGUACAAAAUGUGAUACUGGUUAUUUUUUAUAAAAUCCAGAUUGUAGAUAAUGUCAUAAAAAUUGUUUAUAAUGUUUUGGGAGUGAUAAAUCUCAAUGUACAUAAUGCAAUACUUAGCUUUAAAAAUAUUAAGAAGGCACUUCUUGUUUAGAUGUAUGUAGUUUAGGGAAUUAUAGGAAUAAUAUUAAUGGUUAUUUGUAUUGCGAUUAAUGCUAAAUUCCUUGUUCUAAAUGUAUUACUAAAGAUAUUUGUACAGAAUGUGUAAUUGGUUAUUAUUACAACCCUUUAGAAAAUGAUCCUAGGAACUAUUGUGUUAAAUGUGAAAAUUAAAUAAAGUAUUGCAGUGUUUGCACUUUUACUAACAAUAAAUUAUAGUGCUUAAAAUGUUAUAAAAAAUAUCUUUCAGUUGAUCUUUUAACAUGUGAUGAUGAUUGUAUAAAAGGCUAUUAUAGAGAUGAUUUUUAAUAAUAAUGUUUAAAAUGUAAACCUUAAUGUAUAUAAUGCUUUAGUGGUGAAGAUUUUAGCUGUAGUGAGUGUGCAACUGAAUGGUGUUAAGAAUGUAAUAAUGGAAAUAAUAAUUGUAUAGCCUGCGAAUCAGAUAAAAAUUGCAAAAUAUGUGUUGAUUACUAUUAUUUAGAUAUGAUUGUAAAUCCCGAAAAUCCUGAUGGAGCCAAAAUUGGAUUAUAGUGUCCAAUAACAUGUGAAACAUGCCAAAACGAUAAUAUUUGUUUAAAAUGUUUAUAAAAAAACUUUCUAUUUAAUGAUAUAAAGAAUUAAAAAGUUAUUUGUAUUAACUCUUGUCCUGAUACAUAUUUUGAAAACAUUUCAAAUUAAUAAUGUUUAAAAUGUCCAAACGGAUGUAGUAAAUGUUAUUAUGAUUAACUUACAUAAUAGUUUAACUGCAUUUCUUAAUGUCAUCAAAACUGCAUAUCAUGCUCUUUAGGACCUACUAUUCUAUAAGAAAAUUGUACUUAAUGUACUUUAUAAUAUGUUCUUAACGAAUUCAAAUGCAUAGAGUAAUGUCCUUUAGAAUAAAAGUACAAAAGCGACUAGCAAAUAUGUUUAAGUUGUCACCCUUCAUGCAAAACAUGUUUUGGAUAAAAAAGUAAUUAAUGUUAAUAAUGUAACGAUGGUUUUUAUUUUGAUUCUGUUUCAUCAUGUAAUUCUUGUGACCAAAAUUGUUUAACUUGUAUAGGACCAGGUUAUUAUAAUUGUGUAGAAUGUAUAAAGAACUAUUUUAAAUUAGGCUAAUCUACAUGUAUAAAGGAAUGUCCAGAUGGUUAUUUUCCCUCUGAAGAUUCUUCAAAUGUAAAAGAAUGCAUUAAAUGUGAUAUUAAAUGCGCUACAUGUAUUUCAUUAAAAUAAUGUACUUUGUGUAAUAAUGGAUUUUAUUAACAAAUGUCUAAUAUUAAUAAUAUAGUUGAAUGUAUAAAUUGUGAUUAAAAAUGCAAAACUUGUUCAGGUCCUUCUUUUCGAAAUUGCAUAUAAUGUGCUAGUUUAUAUUUCUUAUAUGAAAACUCUUGCUUGGAUAAAUGCCCGAGUAACCUAAGAGAAAUAAAUAAUAAGUGCAUUUAAUGCAUCGACUAAAACUGCUCUAUUUGUGACGAAAAAAACACCAAUAAAUGCAAAACAUGUAUUUCCCCAUUUGUUCUUGACAUCGAUUUCAAAUGCAAAACUGAAUGUUCAGACGGCUAUUUUAAAUUUGCCAAUUUCAACCCUGCCGAUAUUCCAAAACGUUCGUCUUUAUUUAUUUGUUCUAAAUGUAAUAUUAAUUGUUCUUUAUGUUUCGGUCCUUCCUCUAAAUAAUGCUUAGGAUGCAAAAAAGGCCUUUUUUUUCAUUCUGAUAUAAACGGAUGUUUUCCUUCUUGUCUUUUUGGGUAUAUUCAAGAUCCUUAUUUAAUUGGAUAAUGCUUAAUUUGUAAAACUAAUUGUAUAUCAUGUGUUAGUAGCCUGUUUUAGUUCGAAAACGGAUGUUUUAAAGAAUGUCCUUUUUCUACAGAAGUUAUUCCUAAUACUAGUAUUUGUUAAAGGAAAAUACUUCCGAGUAUUCGAGUUUUAACAGAUUUAAACGAUUUGUAAAUAUAUAGUGGAGAAAUAGUUAUUUAGACAUAAAUCGUGUCCUAAAUUAAUAUUUUGAAAAUGGUAUGGAAUUUAGUUAAACCAGAUAAUUAUAGUAGUUUGUUUUUUGAAGGAGUUUCAAGAAAUUCGCCUGUAUUAAUUAUUCCGAUUUAAAAUAUUAUAAUUAAUACGGAAUAUGAAUUAAAUUUUAUUGUGGAAAAUUAGAAAGGAGAAGAAAAUUUAAAUGUUCUCUUUAAUACUAAAAAUAUUAUAUAGGUAGGAAAAUUUGAAAUUUCAUCUUUAAAUAAUCCAGUUGUUUCUGGAUAAUCGGAUAUAAACAUAGAUUUAAGUGGAUGGUAAAGUAAUUCUGAAGAUAUUACUUUUGAUAUAUUUAUUUAUAUUUAGGAAGAGUAGGAAAUUUUAUAAAACGGAAUUAAAAAAACAUUAAUGAAAUAAAAAGAUAUAAAUUAUGUUGCAUUUUAAUAAAAAAAAACAAAAUUUACAUUUAAAUCUUUUCCAAAUGAAAAUGAUGAAGAAAUAACAAUAAAUGUAAGAGCCUAUUCAGGCUUUUUCUUAAAACAAUAACAAUAAUAUUCCUUGUGA